ACUUUACGCAAAUAUUUUACGUCAUCAAGGAGCGCCUCACUGGAGCGCUGCGCGUCCUUUCAAUUUCCAAACGAAACGUGGAAAUAAAGACUAAAAAUGCCUAUGAAAGGAAGAUUCCCCAUUAGACGAACGCUGGAGUAUCUCCAGAAAGGAGAAGUAGUAUUGAAAAACAGAGUAAAGAUUUUGACAGUAAAUUACAACACACAUGGACAGCUCAGCGACGGAGCAAGAAAAUUUGUGUUCUUCAAUGUUCCACAAAUUCAGUACAAAAAUCCUUGGGUUCAAAUUAUGAUGUUCAAGAACAUGACCCCAUCGCCAUUCCUCAAGUUCUACCUAGAUGAUGGAGAGCAGGUGUUGGUGGAUGUGGAGGGGAAGGACCAUAAACAGAUCACCCAACAUGUCAAGACUAUUCUCGGCAAGACCGAUGAGGUCCUUCAGGCUGAGGCUCUAGCCAGGAUGGAGGCUGCUAACCCAGCCAACUUUGGGCCCAAGAAGUACUGUCUGAAGGAGUGUAUCUGUGAGGUGGAGGGCCAGGUUCCCUGCCCGGGCACCACGCCGCUGCCUAAGGAGUUGACAGGGAAAUACCGUGCGCAGAUGGCAGCCGCACAGGACUGAGACUGGACAGCAGGGAGAAGGGAUCAUGGACUGAACUGUAAUAUUACUAUAUCAAAUACAUUUCACUGGAAAUACUGUGGAUUUGUUUUUGUACAUUCAAAAAGGAAACCAGACAAUAUUUUGAUUUUCGAUGUCAGCUGUUGUAAAUAAUGAUAAUUUGGAGAUUGAUGAACUAGAAUGUGCUUCUCAGAUUAAUUAAAUCAAGUGUUUGUGUGGA